GGUGGACUGGGCGACGGUGUUGGUGAGCUCCUACAGCACCAUCGUGAUGCGUUUUGAUGGGCGGGGCAGCGGGUUUCAGGGCACCAACCUGCUGCACCGGAUCAAGAGGAAACUCGGAGAGUUCGAGGAGAUCGACCAGCUGGAGGCACUUGGUAUCAUCACUAAAGAGUCAUACGUCGACAAGACCAGGAUCGGAGUGUACGGACGGGUGUACGGCGGAUAUCUCGCCAGCCUCCUGCUGAGCUCCGAGGACUCGCUGUUCAAGUACAACUUUAAAUUUAAAUGUGGAGCAGCUGUCUCGCCCAUCACCGAUUUCAGCCUAUACGCCUCGGCGUUCUCCGAGCGUUAUUUAGGAUCUCCUCGAUCCAAUCCGAGAGUGUAUGAGAUGUCGAGUUUAGCUCAUCGAGCAGGUCAGCUAGAGGAUAAGAGUUUUUUAAUUAUUCACCCAACAGCUGACGAAAAUGUCCACUUCCAGCACACGGCUAAAUUCAUCAACUAUUUAAUAAACCAAAAGGGCAAUUACACACUGCAGAUCUACCCUGACGAGGGGCACUUGCUGCAUUCGGAGGUCUCUCGGCAGCACCUGGAUCAGUCGCUCGUCAACUUCUUUGACGUGUGCUUCAGGCCACCGGAGAUCAUCACCGAGGACGAGCUGGAGCAGGAAGACGAGGACGACGGCUAAAACGGCUGUGUAACACAAACUGUGAUCGAAUUUGUUUCCCUAAAAAAAUAAAACCUGCAUCAUGUAAUUCUUCUUCUUCAACAUCAUCAUCGUCGUCGUCUUCUCCAUUUGGGACGGAGCAUCUGCAUGGACCAAUCGCAUCUCGCCUCUGAAAACGGAACGGUCUGACAGAGGGACGAGAGAGCGAGCGAGAGCUUCUUCCUUCCUCACUUUCCUCCCUGAUGAAGCUGUACAGCGCCCGCGUGUGGACUGAGCCGGUAGUGACGCAUCAGUGCGCUGAAAACGGAAACUAAGCCGGAGGAUGAAUAUAGCACAAGACCCUGUAGAGCCGUGCGGGAGAAUUAGACAUUAAAUAGCACUGUUAAUAUCUGCUGUUACGGAGCUUAUGACCGUAUUUUCCAGACUUUUAAACUGCGCUUGUGUAAUUAUCGUGCUUGUUAAAUGUUAAAAUCGCGGCAGAGAUCGCUAAACUGUAGCGAUCUUAUACAUUACAUUAAAGGGAAAGUUUCUGCAGGAGCAAAAACGUAACUAGUGUUCAUGUUUACCGCUAAGACAUGGCCGACGUUCUCAUCUUUACUUUUGCACUAAAGCUACAAGGCUAACGUUAGCCAUCAAGUCCAUCUCACCUAAACUCUUCGACUUUUAAAUAAAUGAGUGCGUAUACAGCGAAUUUAGUGUCAAAGUCGAAUGUUAUCGUUCACAUCGCUCCAAAUCCGUUCUUUCAGACUUUGGGGCCUAGAGGGGCGGAGUCAUAAAAAACAGCACUAAUGGACAACAAUGCUGACUGCAGUGUGGCCAAAUGGAUCACAGUUCCGUCGCCUUGUUCUCUACCGGCUUAUGAAUUUCAUCUGAAAAAAAAAGAAAAAUUUCGCCAUAGCAACAGGUCGUAAAUGUACCAUCACAGCGUUACAGCUACGCGCUAAAAUGAAAAGCUUGUUUACAGAUAUAGACGGAGUCAGACUUCACCUCCCCGAUUGCCAUGUUUACCCCGCAGCUUCUGUGCAGAACUAACAGGCACGUUAGUGCAGUAAUGACUCGUAUUCUGGAAAAUACGGUAACAUCGUGUCUCUUAUUUAAAGUUAAAAGUGUUCAUCGUUCCUCGUUUUGUCCUUCCUCCUGUAACAGGCCAGCGGCUUUAAUGAGACACUUGAUAAUAAACGGCUCAGAAGCAGCUUUCAUACCAGUUUUAGGGCGUAGCAGUAUGUUCUGGUCAGAUUAAACGUUUCAUACAACCGAGGGAAAGAAGAAAAACACUCUAAUGUUAUUAUUUUAGUCACUGUGCCUUACUGGAGUAAAGCUGUAAUCCACGACACACUACGAUUCAACAACACGGACAUUACAGAUCUCAAACUCCAAACAUCAGUGUGGUCGAUCAGUUUAUCUGUAAAACUGGGCUGGGAGAUGCAACGACUUUAAACCAGACCUGCCCACGUUUACACUUUUUAACGUGGGAGUACGUUAAUACGAGAUAUCACCGUAAACUACUCAAAAGGUAUUACAGUUACAACUGACGUAGGAAUCUGGAACGAUUGACAACCGCGUACGUGUUUCAAAGUCUCCGAUAUUAACCAACACCCUGGAGGCCCCGCCCCUUUCCCCCAAUUUCACCUAGCGCAAACUCUCGACUCCUGGGUUUCCCUGCCUGAGAAAUGCAGACGCCACGUUCUCGCUUUCCGUCACGGCAUAUGAACAAAUGUUUGACGUUUAAGCUAACGUUAAACGCAUACAUCGCUAACUAGCUAACGAUUAGCUAUAUUUCGUAGGAAUGCACAAAGAUCUUUGUCUGAGAGACGGGGAAAAAAUUAACGUAGUGAAAAUUUUAAUUAAACAGAUCUACAACAAAGUGACAGCUCUAACACUUCUGUUCUACAAAUAAAUUUAAUAGUAAUAAUGAGGAAGUGAUUCAAAACCUGUUCAUACAGUUCUCAUAAUAAACAGCCAAUGCGAUACGGAUAACGAUAUUCAGCGUAGAUGAAGUGAGCGACGCAAAUUUAAACAGUGACGCGGUUAAAAUACGAAGAAAAACUACAUCACAACGUUAACAUCCGUUCAGCUCCAUUUUCCUUAACAGAAUCAGCGUUAAUCAGAGAAUUGUAUCGUGUUAACAAGCGUCGUAGCGCCCAGCCCUGCUGUUAGACAAUAAUGAACUUUACGCCGAAAUGAUACGUACGUGUUUCCCUUUACUCCGCAUCUAAAGAACGGAAUCUUCCUGCCACUGGUUUGGCAUUACAGACUUGCUGGCGUGGUUAGUGAUCUCCAAACGUGCACAGAAAAAAAACACGACAAGGAAAGUUGUAAGGUUUACGCGUACGUUUCAUUUUCUUCACGCUUUUUACGUGCGUUUCAUCUAAACGGCUGCGAUGACGCUCAGAAGGUGUUUUUGUACAGAACGUACGUUUGUUUUGUUUGUUUUUUAAAAUCCAGCAUGCUAGGAAGCAAUCUGCGUGUUACAGCCCCCGCGAUCCAUCGUAUUUUUGAACUGCGUGUGUUUACGUGUUGUAAUUUCAGACAGUCUGAAUGUGUGGCUGUAGCUCCACUGUAAUGUUGCUGUCGUGAGAGAAAAGCUUGUGGUCAUGUGCUGGUUGUACAGAUGUGUAAAAUUACACUGCGGCCGUUUUGUUUCUUCCCUGAUGUGAGCAACUUGAACAUAAAGCAUUCUGAAAGCUUUUACUCCCACCAUCCCCCUUGACGUGGUCUUCACCUGAAAGUUUUUCAGCGUAAUUUAACGAAUAGCUUAUGGGGCCACGGGGACGAUAAAGGUGACAUUUUGGGACUUUACGCUAUUUUAUUACACAAUUGCGUACACGUGUAUCAGACGAUCAAUAAGUUUUGAUAGGAAUAUCAAUCAUGGUUUAAAAAGCCCGGCGUGUACUCAGAACAGCGCUCUUUUGCCAUCUAGUGGUGGAAUAUGAGAAAUAUAUGCGUCAGUGAAAAUGGUUUCUCCAUCAGUAGACGAUUUAGUAAGUGUAGAUGAGUGAGUGUAAAUUACAAGAAUUUUAAAGUGAAGCGUAUUUUAUAACAGAAAAUGUUAACCCAUGUUUUUUUUUCCUCCCACAAGCCCCAACACGUGUAUAUUUAUAUAAAACCAACCAAUAGUAUGGAAGCAAAUUAUGAAAUAUAAGUAGGGGGAGGAGCACCUAAAAAAAACCACAAAAAAAAAACCUGGUUGUGAUAUUUACUCAUAUCAUGCACACAUUAUUCACCCGAGUGGCUUCAGAACCUUCAAUCCGACACUGAAGAUCUAACACCAAACUGGUCAUCCUGAAGACAUCACAAAGACGUGAUGCUCUGAGCCGGACACCUUGUAGCUGCAAACGUUUCAGCCAAUCAGCCAGGGAACGUGCUGUCUCGCACUCACUCCAUUACUCUGUGUGUGUUGUGCCGUCAUAGGAAACUAAUCAACAACAGGGUGGAGUGAUGACGCUCCCGUUACUGACUGUUAAACGUGUUUUAUUCCUCUUACACCACAGAAUACAGUUUAUGAUGUAUUAAAGAAGACACAUCAUAGUUUUAAAGUCACAGCUUUACCGCUGACGGUCACAAAGCCCCGACACUGGAGACUCCGUAAACGUUAAAAGUUGCAGAAAACUUCGCCGCAUCACUUAUUUUAAAGUCCCCAUGAAGUCACAAUGGAAGUUUUGUGGCUUUUUGUACGAAUAUGUUCUCCUUAAGGUUAUCUAUAAGCCAGUGUGCUCUUAAACAAUGACAAAAUGCACAUUUAGAAGAUACACACGUUCAAAAUCUACAGCCUCUCUCUACCGGCAAUUCUGAUGACAUCAUUCUGCACUUCAGCUUCUCAGCACAUUUUCUGGCCAAUCAAAUGCUCUCUAGAAUCUGAUGUGUCCCACCCCCCAACAUUAUAAACAUCCGUGGUCCUAACUGGGAGGUACAGCUUAGCCAGGGCUGUGAGGUUAGCUAAAGACUAUUAGAUAAUUAAAAAGG